AUGUUGCAGUGUUUGCUUUCCCCUUUGGAAAGCCACCCUGCUACUCUCUUGAACCUGGUGCUGAAGCUAGCCAAUGCUGCUCCCAACCUGCAAUUCUCAUUUAUAGGCACUGAUCACUCCAACAAACCUCUUCUCAUCUCAAAACCCCAUAUCCCGGACAACAUCAAGUUCUAUAGUAUAAGCGAUGGAAUCCCAGAGGGUCAUGUCCCAGGUGGCCACCCAGUUGAGCGAGUGGACCUUUUUCUUAAGGCUUGUCCGGAGAACUUGCAAAAGGGCAUAGACAUGGCAGUGACAGACACAAAAGAGAGAGUUACUUGUGUUAUGGCUGAUGCUUUUGUCAUACCUUCUCUCAUUGUGGCUCAUCGCUUGAACGUUCCGUGGGUUCCAGUUUGGAUUCCUUUCUCAUGUUCACUCUCUGCACAUAUUUACACUGAUUUGCUACGCCACAAGUGUAACCAUGCAACUGGAGACACCCUUUUGGAUUUCAUUCCUGGAUUGUCUAAGAUGCGAGUUGAAGACUUGCCUGAAGAUGUGGUCAACAUUGUCGAAGAGGAGACACUGUUUUCAAAGACACUAGCAUCUUUGGGAAGUGUGUUACCUCAAGCUAAGGCGGUGGUUAUGCAUUUCUUUGAGGAACUAGACCCACCCUUGUUUGUUCAUGACAUGAGGUCAAAGCUUAAUUGUUUUCUUUACGUUGGUUUUCUCACCAUUUCACUGCCUCUGCCACCCUUGCCUCCAUCAGACACAGAUGGAACUGGGUGUUUGUCAUGGUUGGACAAGCAGAAGGGUGGGUCAGUGGCAUAUGUUAGCUUUGGGACAGUGGUGACACCACCUCCGCAUGAGAUUGUGGCGGUGGCGGAAGCAUUGGAAGCCAGUGGUUUUCCCUUCUUGUGGUCUCUCAAGGACCAUCUCAAGGGUCUUCUGCCAAGAGGGUUUCUUGAGAGAACAAGAGGAAAUGGAAAAGUUGUGGCUUGGGCCCCUCAGGUUCCGGUUUUGGGACACGCUUCUGUGGGAGUGUUUGUGACUCACUCUGGAUGUAACUCAGUGUUUGAGAGCAUGUCCAAUGAAGUGCCUAUGAUAUGCAGACCCUUCUUUGGGGACCACGGGUUUACUGGGAGGAUGGUUGAGGAUGUUUGGGAGAUUGGCAUGAGAGUGGAAGGUAGGGUGUUCAACAAAGAUGGGUUGCUGAAAUGCUUGAGGCUGAUUCUGGUGGAGGAAGAGGGGAAGAGGAUGAGGACAAAUGCAGAGAAAUUGAAGAGAAAAUUGCUAGAUGCAGGUGGACCACAAGGGAAGGCAGCACAAGAUUUCAACACUUUGGUGGAAAUGGUUUCCAAAUCUUAG